AUGAAAGGGUUGUUCUGGAGAGUUGCUGAGAGUUACAUACUGUCGGAGUAUGAGGCUAAUCUGGAAAGGGUUAAAGCUUAUGAUAUGCGGCUGUUUAAGGCAAUAAUGCAGAGGAAUCCACAGAAUUGCAGUCUUGCCUUCUGCAAACCCACAGCAUCGUGUGUAGAUGUGCACAACAACUUGUCAGAAUCAUUCAACAAUGCAAUUGAUCCCUCAAGGUAUUUUCCAAUGGUUGAAAUGUUGGAGAUCAUCCGGCGGAGAACAAUGCAGCGUAUAGAGUUGAGGAUGAAGAAAGCAUGUCUCCACAGAGGUAGGUUCACAAAGAGGGCGGCAGCAUUCAUAGCUGAGGAGCAGGAAAGUCUUAAAUACACCAAAUACGUUUCAGGGUCCGCACAAGGUAGGUGUGAAGUUCUUGAUCGUGGAAAAUCUUUCAGCCUACAUAUGGGUAUGCGGACUUGUGCUUGUCGGAAAUGGGAGAUGAGUGGACGCCCAUGUCGUCAUGCACUACGAGUCAUUGCCGAGAAGAAGCUUAAUCAUGAGGAUUACUCAUCUGAAUGGUAUUCAAAUUCAAAGCAGAAACUUAUUUAUCCUUCUAACAUAGAACCAGUUAAUGGUCUGCGGUUUUGGAGGAACUCUGGCGAUGUAAUCAAACCACCUGCUCAUUUGGUUGAAGAAAUUGAAAACAUGAAAGAAAGAAAACCGAAGCCAAAGAGGAAGAAGCCAAGACAUGAAUCUCCAACAAAGAAAGCUUCAAGGAAGAGAAGAAUUAUGCAUUGUGGAAGAUGUGGAGAAGCGGGUCACAAUAUAACAAAGUGUAAGAAUUUGGUUUUGGAGAUGCAUAGGCCAAAAAAAAGACUCCAAGAGAAGAUGGAUGUGAGUCAGAAGCAUCUCAGUCACAAGGACCAUCUCAGUCACAAGGACCAUCUAUGUCACAAGCACCGAUCCAACCAACUCAAUAGUUUAUCAGGUUUAUCUCCUCUCUUAAAGCUUACUUUGAUGGAGUUUAGUUAA